ACCAAAGUGCUGAAGAUUACCUUCCUGCUACCUGGGCCCAGCUGCAGCUGGGGGGGAGCCUGCAGUGGUGAUCCAGAGGGGGGGGGGUGCCCCAAGCCCCAAGGAUGUACCAGUCUGAACCAGAGCUGAUGGAGGAAAGCCAGAGCCCUCCUCCGAUGCCUCAUGAGCUGUCCCCAGCAGCCUUCAUCAACGCUAUACAGUACGCCAAUGUGUUGGAGGGCAGGUUCAAGCAGCUUCAAGAUGAGCGAGAGGCUGUGCAGAAGAAAACCUUUACCAAAUGGGUCAACUCUCACCUGGCCCGAGUCACUUGCCGUAUCAGUGACCUGUACAGUGACUUGCGGGAUGGACGGAUGCUGCUGCGCCUUCUGGAGGUGCUCUCGGGGGAGCAGCUGCCCAAACCAACCAAAGGCCGGAUGCGCAUACACUGCCUGGAGAACGUGGAUAAGGCCCUGCAGUUUUUGAAGGAGCAGCGCGUCCACCUGGAGAACAUGGGCUCCCACGACAUCGUCGAUGGCAACCACCGCCUCACGCUGGGCCUCAUCUGGACCAUCAUUCUCCGUUUCCAGAUCCAGGACAUUAGCGUGGAAACAGAGGACAACAAAGAGAAGAAAUCGGCCAAGGAUGCCUUGCUGCUUUGGUGUCAGAUGAAAACAGCUGGGUACCCCAAUGUGAAUGUCCACAACUUCACCACCAGCUGGAGGGACGGCCUGGCUUUCAACGCCAUCGUCCACAAACACAGGCCAGACCUAAUAGACAUUGACACACUGAAGAAAUGCAACGCUCACUAUAACCUCCAGAAUGCCUUCAACAUUGCCGAGAAGGAGCUGGGUCUGACCAAGCUCUUGGAUCCUGAAGAUGUAAAUGUGGACCAGCCAGAUGAGAAGUCCAUCAUUACUUACGUGGCUACCUACUACCACUACUUCUCCAAGAUGAAAGCCCUUGCCGUGGAAGGGAAGCGGAUUGGGAAGGUGCUAGACUAUGCCAUUGAGGCGGACAAGCUGAUAGAGAAGUAUGAGACGCUGGCCUCCGACCUUCUGCAGUGGAUUGAGCAGACCAUCCUGACACUGAAUGACAGAAAGCUGGCCAAUUGCUUGAGCGGAGUGCAGAAUCAAUUGCAGGCCUUUAACACCUACCGUACCGUUGAGAAGCCUCCCAAGUUCACAGAGAAGGGGAAUCUGGAAGUUUUGCUUUUCACUAUCCAGAGUAAGAUGAGAGCCAACAACCAGAAGGUUUAUAUGCCCCGAGAGGGAAGGCUAAUUUCUGACAUCAACAAGGCCUGGGAGCGUCUGGAGAAAGCCGAACAUGAGCGAGAGCUGGCCUUGCGCAACGAACUGAUUCGGCAGGAGAAGCUGGAACAGCUGGCGGCACGAUUUGACCGGAAGGCAGCCAUGCGUGAGACCUGGCUGAGUGAGAACCAGCGCCUGGUCUCUCAGGAUAAUUUUGGAUCAGACAUUUCAGCAGUGGAGGCAGCAGUGCGGAAGCAUGAAGCUAUCGAGACGGACAUUGUGGCGUACAGCGAGCGCGUGUCGGCUGUGAACGCCGUGGCAGCUGAGUUGGAGGCAGAGGGCUACCACGAUAUCAAGCGGGUGCUGAUGCGCAAGAACAAUGUGGCGAGGCUCUGGGAUUACCUGCGGGAGCUGGUGGCUGCCCGCCGUGAGCGCCUGCUGCUCCAUUUUGAGCUGCAGAAGAUGUUCCAGGACUUGGCCUAUCUCAUGGAUUGGUUGGAAGAGAUGAAGGGCCGCCUUCAGUCUCAGGACUUUGGGAAGCAUUUGCUUGGGGUGGAGGACCUGCUGCAGAUCCACGCUCUGGUGGAGGCUGACAUCGCUGUCCAGGCUGAGAGGGUGAAAGCCAUCAGUGCUGCUGCCCAGCGGUUUGCUGCUCCUGGAGAAGGAUACAAAGCCUGUGAGCCCCAUGUAGUUCAAGAUCGUGUGGUAACGCUGGAACGGUGCUAUCGGGAGCUGGUGGCACUGGCGGCGCAGCGGCGUGCCAAACUGGAGGAGUCACGACGUCUUUGGAAGUUCUUCUGGGACAUGGGUGAGGAGGAGGCCUGGAUCCGGGAGCAGAGCCAGAUCCUUUCGUCGGAUGACUUUGGCAAGGACUUGACGAGCGUCUUGCGCCUCACCAGCAAGCACAAUGCCUUUCGUGACGAGAUGAGUGGCCGAGCUGGCCCGCUGCAGCAGACAGUCUCUGAAGGCCGCCAGCUGGUUGCCGAAGGCCACUUUGGGGCUGCAGAGGUGGCUGAGCGUAUCCGGGAGAUUGAAGAGCAGUGGGAGCAGCUGGAGGCCCUGUCCAGCGAACGGGAGCGCCGCCUCCAACAAGCCUCCAACCUCUACCAGUUCCAGGCAGAUGCCAAUGACAUGGAGGCCUGGCUACUGGAUGCCCUACGCCUGGUGUCCAGCUCGGAGGUGGGCCAUGAUGAAUACUCAACCCAGAGCCUGGUGAAGAAGCACAAGGAAGUGGAGGAAGAAAUUCACAACCAUCGGCCAGCCCUGGAUGCCCUGCAUGAGCAGGCCCGAAGCCUACCACCUGCAUUUGCCCAUUCACCUGAAGUGGACGGACGCCUACCUGCGCUGGAGCAACGCUAUGAGGAGCUGGUCACAUUGGCUGAGCAUCGUAAGCAAGCCCUGCAGGAUGCCCUCAAUCUUUACAAGAUGUUCAGUGAAGCAGACGCUUGUGGGCUCUGGAUUGGUGAAAGGGAGUACUGGAUCGAAACAAUGGAUGUCCCAGAGAAGCUGGAAGACCUUGAAGUGGUUCAACAAAGGUUUGAGACGCUGGAGCCAGAGAUGAAUAACCUUGCCUCACGCAUCGCAGCUGUGAAUGAGAUUGCCAGCUGUCUUUUGGGCACUGACCAUCGAAACAAGGACAGUAUCCAAGGCACUCAGGAGCAGCUCAAUACCAGGUGGCAGCAGUUCCAAGCUCUGGCCAGCCGCAAGAAGGAAGCAUUAACCUCAGCACUCAGCAUCCAGAACUACUACCUGGAGUGCAAUGAGACCAAGGCUUGGAUGCGGGAGAAAACCAAGGUGAUUGAGUCCACCCAGGGCUUGGGCAAUGACCUCGCAGGUGUCAUGGCACUGCAGCGUAAGCUGGCGGGCAUGGAGCGGGACCUGGAGGCCAUCCAGGGCAAAGUGCAGGACCUGCGCGAAGAGGCAACCCGUCUGGCAGACCAGCAUCCAGAACAGGCCACGGCCAUUUUGGACCGCUUAUCAGAGGUCGAUGGGACCUGGGAUGAGCUGCGGGAGACCAUGCGGCAUCGUGAGGAGUCUCUGGGAGAGGCAAGCAAGCUGCAGGCUUUCUUGCGCGACCUGGACGACUUCCAGGCGUGGCUCUUGCGCACUCAGACAGCUAUUGCCUCAGAAGAUGUCCCAGCUACUCUACCAGAGGCAGAGCAUCUGUUGAGCCAGCAUGAAACUAUCCGCAAUGAGGUGGAUCACUACAAGGAUGAUUACCAGCGUCUGCGUGCCAUCGGGGAGGAGGUGACGCAAGGCCACACGGAUGCGCAGCACAUGUUCCUGCAGCAGCGCCUUCAGGCUCUUGAUACCGGCUGGAAUGAGCUCAGUCAGAUGUGGGAGAACCGGCACCAGCUGCUCUCACGAGCCUAUGCUUUCCAGAUCUUUUUGAGGGACACCAAGCAGGUGGAAGGGGUACUCAGCAACCAGGAAUACGUGCUGACUCACACAAGCAUGCCAAGCUCUCUCCAAGCUGCCGAGGCUGCCAUUAAAAAACACGAGGAUUUCAUGACCACCAUGGAGGCCAACGGCGAGAGAAUAAAGGGGCUGGUGGACGCGGGACGGAAGCUCAUCAUGGAGGACAGCCUUCAUGCUGAAAAGGUCCAGGAGAAAGUCAAUUCCAUCGACAGCAGGCAUAGGAAAAAUCAGGAAGCAGCCCAAGACCUGCUUGCCAGACUCCGUGACAAUCGGGAAUUGCAACACUUUCUGCAAGACUGCCAAGAGCUCACCCUGUGGAUCAAUGAGAAGAUGCUCUCUGCUCAGGACAUGUCAUACGACGAAGCCCGGAACCUCCACACCAAGUGGCAGAAACACCAAGCCUUCAUGGCAGAGCUGGCGUCUAACAAAGGCUGGCUGGAGAAGAUCCAGAAGGAAGGUCAGCAGCUGACGGCAGAGAAGCCAGAGCUGGAGCCUGUGGUGCGGGCCAAGCUGGAUGACUUGCAGCAGCUCUGGGAGGAGCUGGAGGACAGCACCCAGACCAAGGCCCAGUGCCUCUUCGACGCCAACCGUGCCGAACUCUUCACGCAGAGCUGCUCUGCUCUGGAAGCCUGGCUGAGUGGGUUGCAGUCCCAGCUACACUCGGACGACUACGGCAAGGAUCUGACCAGCGUGAACAUUUUGCUCAAGAAACAGCAGAUGCUGGAGAAUCAGAUGGACGUUCGUGAGAAGGAGGUGGAAGGCCUCAAAUCUCAGGCGUUAGCCCUAAGUCAGGAGGACUCCAACACCGUGGAGGUGGAUGGCAAACUCCAGGCAGUGGAGAACAGGUUUACAGAGCUGAGAGCACCUCUGCAGGAGCGCUGCCAGAAGCUGCUGGCCUCGAAGGAAGAGCAUCAGUUCAACCGGGACCUGGAGGAUGAAAUCUUGUGGGUGAAAGAAAGGAUGCCCAUGGCAGUUUCUACCGACCACGGCAAAGAUCUUCCCACUGUCCAGCUGCUGAUUAAGAAGAACCAGACCCUGCAGAAGGAGAUCCAGGGUCACCAGCCACGUAUAAACGACAUCGUGGGGCGGUGGCAGAGGUUGGGGUGCAGUGGCCUGGAAGCGGACCUGCAAGGCCGCGUGGAGGCAUUGCAGGAAAUGUGGCAGGAGCUGCAGAACCAGGUGGACCUGCGGCGUGCGCGCCUGGAGCAAGCGCAGAUCGCCCAGCAGUUCUACUUUGAUGCCGCCGAGGCAGAAGCCUGGAUGGGUGAACAGGAGCUGCACAUGAUAUCAGAGGAUAAAGCAAAGGAUGAGCUGAUUGCCCAGGCCAUGGUGAAGAAACACCUGGUGAUGGAGCAGGCCUUGGAAGACUAUGCCCAGACCAUCCACCAGCUCUCCAUCCAGAGUCGCGACAUGGUAAACAAGGGGCACCCUGAAAGUGAGCGGAUCAACCUCCGGCAGGGCCAAGUGGACAAGCUGUAUGCCAGCCUGAAGGACCUGACUGAGGAGCGCCGUGCCAAGCUCCAGGAGCAUCUCCGCCUGUGCCAGCUGAAGCGGGAGGUGGAUGACCUGGAGCAGUGGAUCUCGGAGCGGGAGGUGGUGGCGGCCUCCCAUGAGCUUGGGCAGGACUACGAACACGUCACGAUGCUCCGGGACAAGUUCCGGGAAUUCUCACGUGACACCAGCACUAUUGGCCAGGAGCGGGUGGACGGUGUCAACCGGCUGGCUGACGACAUGAUCUCUGCUGGUCACUCUGAAAACGCCACCAUCGCUGAGUGGAAGGACAGCCUCAAUGAGGCCUGGGCAGACCUCCUUGAACUCAUCGACACCCGAAGCCAGAUGCUGGCGGCUUCUUACGAGCUACACCGAUUCUACCAUGAUGCUCGGGAGACCCUAAGCCAGGUCCAGAACAAACAGAAGCAGCUUCCUGAUGAGGUGGGGCGUGACCUUAACACUGCUGAGGCCAUGCAGCGGAUGCACAGCGCUUACGAGCAUGACAUCCAGGCGCUCAGCACUCAGGUGAAGCAGGUGCAGGACGAUGCGGCACGGUUGCAGAAGGCCUACGCGGGCGAGAAAGCAGACGAUAUCCGAAGACACGAGCAGUCCGUGAGCGAGGCUUGGGCUGACCUGCUCAGUAGCAGCAACGGCCGCCGGCAACUCCUCCUCGACACCGUCGACAAGUUCCGUUUCUUCCGCAUGGUCCGUGACCUGCUGCUCUGGAUGGAUGGAGUCAAUCUCCAGAUAGAUGCUCAGGAGAAGCCCAGGGAUGUGUCAGCUGCUGACUUGGUCAUCAAGAACCACCAAGGGAUCAAGGCUGAGGUUGAGGCCCGGACUGACAGCUUCAACGCCUGCAUUUCCAUGGGCAACGAGUUGCUAGCCAAGGGCCACUAUGCCUCUGACAAGAUUACAGAGAAGUUGACCCAGCUUCAGGACCGACGCAGGGAGAUCAGUGACAAAUGGCGGGAGAAAAUGGACUGGUUACAAAUAGUCAUGGAGGUGCUGAUGUUUGGACGGGACGCUAGCAUGGCCGAGGCUUGGCUCGCCAGUCAGGAGCCAAUUGUACGCUCUGCCGAGCUGGGCAGCAACGUGGAUGAGGUGGAGAACCUCAUCAAGCGCCAUGAGGGCUUCCAGAAAUCGGUUGCUGCCUGGGAGGAACGCUUCCUUGCACUGGAAAAGCUAACCACGCUGGAAGAGAAUGAGCGUCGCGAGCGUGAAGAGGAGGAAGCGAGGAAAAGGAGGUCUGCGACACCACCUCUGCCAGAACCUGUAGCCACGGCGCCACAGAGCCAGCUUUUGGACAGACAGCAUGCCCCCAGUGACAGCCAUGACAACCGGAGUUCAGGAGAGCGUGGUCUAUCAUUGGAGUUGCCAUCUCUGAACGGGAUUGAUCCUGAUUCUGAGUCUACCCAGAUGUCUGAGACAUCAGGUACGGUGAACGGGUCACGGCUGGACUCUGUGUCCAAGGGGAAGGAGCCCAGCCCAGUUCCAUCACCCAAACCCCGCUCCAAGCUGCCUGCCCUUGGCACUGAUCCUGCUCAGUCAGCCACACUGCCCUUGCGGAUGCCAGAUUCCUCAGCCUCGGAACAGAUGGAGGGAAUGCUGUACCGAAAACAGGAAAUGGAGUCACAUGGCAAAAAAGCAGCCAACAGAUCCUGGCAGAACAUCUUUUGCAUUGUGCGGAAGGGUAGUCUGGGCUUCUACAAGGACAGCAAGAACGCCAGCAACGGCAUCCCUUACCAUGGCGAGGUGCCCGUCAGCUUGCAGGGGUCACAGUGCAAUGUUGCCUUGGACUACAAGAAGCGCAAGCAUGUCUUCAAGCUUGGGUUAACCGAUGGCAAAGAGUAUUUAUUCCAGGCGAAGGAUGAGGCUGAGAUGAGCAGUUGGAUGCGAGUCAUCAAUGCUGCAGCCACCUGCACCCCAACGCCACAAGGGACUGCAGAGGAACAGCCGCCGCUCAUCAGUAAAGGAAUGUCACGCACCCUGAGCAUGCCCCCCGUGUCCCCCAACAGCGGCCCCGAAGGGACCGUCACACUGCGUAGCAAAGAGACCAAGGAAAAGGACCGUGAGAAGCGCUUCAGCUUUUUCAAGAAGAACAAAUAGAGGAGUCCCUCGUGGGGAACGGGCGGGCGGGGGACUGCAGCCGCUGAGUCUGUGCAAAACUGAUGGUCAGGGCGGGCGUGGCGAGGGACUUUGGACCUGGGGAAGACUGGGGAGCGACACAGCUGACAGAGACCACGGUUAUUUUUCUUAGUACUGCAGAUUGCAUGAAGCAUCUCCAAACUUUACACGGAAUGCCUCUCCUCCCUCCCCCACCCCAGGGGGGGAAAAAAAGCAAAAUCAGGCCAUGCUGCCUCAAUCGGAACACGUUUGCAAGGUGAAGCCAUGAUGUCAGGGAUUGGGUCUGAGGUGCUGCACUCGGAAGAGGCUCUUGCAGGGGGGCAAAGAGGCAUCACUGAAGCGUGGCUGUGAUGAGAGUGUGGGCCAGGGGGCACGAGCCAUGCACAUCAUCUGUCAUUCUGUAUGCACAGGGACUCAGGGCUUAUGGGUUGCUGAAGUGUGGGCUCUGCCAAGGUUUUCCGUUACCAAGCUGGUAUCAAGAGUCUGUUGGGUACAGGAAGAAAUGGGUUCUUUGGGCUUCUGAUGUCGAGGAUUUCUCCUUCCCCCACAAAAAUCCCCACCCUCUUAGUCAGGAAAUGCUUCUAUCACCUGAUCCCAUCCCCCAUUUCCACCCUCCGAUUGCAGGAUUUCUCUAGAGCCACCCCUGUCCCCUUUGUUGCCUAACCUGAAGUAGGUUCUGCUGAGUGAGUCAAAACGGUGACCGGAAAGAACACAACCUGUUUUGAGGUAGAAGGAAAAUCAACUUUUAAAGAGAGGCUUGUGUCCUGAGGCACUGCUGGUCCCAUAUAAGGCCCUACCGGGGCAGGAGUGGCUGUGGCGUCACCCAUACCAUAGGACAGAGCUCAUAUCACACAGAUAUAUAAAGUAGGGAGAGAAUUUAAAGAGAAGAAUCAAGGGGUGAAGCCCUUUUACCUCUAAAAUCGUCAGCCACCCAAGCUGGCUUUUCUUGUCAACUCUGCCUCCUUCCUGUCUUGGAAGCCAACCAGAAGAAAUGUGAGUUUGGAGUGACGAAUGCAGCUGAUUAGAGAAGGAGUUCAGUACCUCGCUGUACUUAAAAUUGCACCCUAACCCACCCCCCACCCCCAUUUAUGAAGGUAUCUUAUACUGUUCUGGUUCAGGAUGGUAUACUCUGUGGCAACGGCUCUCCAGGCCUAGAGGAGAGGCUGCCUUUAAAUGGAAAUGUCAAGAAUGCCACUUUACAAUUGUGGAACUGGCUGCCUUCUUAACAAAACAGCUCUACCACUCUUCCUUCUAGUUAGGGCCUUUGAGUAUUCCGCCCAAGAACCUUCUCUGCCAUCACCACCACUUCUGCCAGGCCUUGAUUUCCUGAGGCACCACUUGGGCCUCCAGUAGCCAACUCCCAAGGGCCAUCUAGUACAACACUCUACUUCUACCUGGGCCAGCCAGAUGGCCCAUAAGGUAAGCUUAUUAGCAGAGCAUGAUGGAGACAGAUAUCCUGUCAUCUGGUGCUCAUAAAAUAUCCUGCCUCUAAACAUGGAGGUUCCAUUCUCAGUGAUCGUGGCUGAUCCAUGAACGUAUUGGAGCUUUUUUUUUUUUUAAAGACCUCUGAGUCUAAAGACCGCUUCAGUAUCUUGUGGCGAUGAGUCACGGACCUCUGUCCCAAAGAGGGUGGGGAGCUGAAGGGAGCAGACCCUCUCAUUUAACAAGUCCUGUCCUUCAAACGACACUACUCAGGGUCCUUCUAACAAGAUGAGGCAGGACAUUUUUUAUUUCUGAAAACUAUAUUAGGAGGAAACUCAUUUCCAGGGGAGGAAUAUGCAUCUUAGCUAUUGCCGGAGUCUUGUAGCUUUGCCUGAUAGUGGGGACCGAAGUUUUCUCCAUUGGUCUUUCAGGGCUUGCUGUCCGACAGCUACUCUUUACCUGCUGAGCUCCUGCAAGAGUGGGAAUCUCUCCACUGCCGAAUUUUGCAUCCCACACCGCUGUGUUCCUGCUUCCAUCUCUUUUCUAGUCUGGUUUUCUGACCUGUGCCUUCCUUUUUCAUAACCGUAUGCUGCCCUGAUGGCCUGCCAUAUCCUUUUCCUCU